UGAGUUUUCCAAUUUCUGGUCGGGAGGUUCCAUUCAAGGUUUCUAAAUUUUCCCUUAUACUAUUGGGGUACAUUAGGGUGCCUCACUGGUUUGGAUGAUGGCUGGCUUGAGAUGGUCGGCGUGUCGAAUGCAGACCUGAUUUGUUUCCGGACAGCGGACUCGAUAAGUAUGCCCGUGGAGCCUUUCUAGUACAAUGAAGUGGUCGGGCAUGUAAAUUGGGAUGAAUUUGCUUCGUCGGGUUUUGUUUACUACCCACACCAUAUCGUCCCGGUGGAAUAGGUGAGGUUUCCAAUGAUUUGAUUUUGUAGUGCGUGAUUGUCGGUGGUUGUGCUUUUUUUGUCGUAGAUGAGAUAGCUGCAGGUAGCCCCCUUUGAACUUCAUGGCUGUGGAUGGUGCAACCCCGGUGGCCACGUGAGGAGUAUCCCGGUAGUCUGCGAUGGCUGUGGCUAGAGCGUGCUCCAAGCCGGCGGAUGUCUGGUCCGAGCUUGAUAGCGCACUCCGCCGGAUUGCUCUGUGGGUGGUGCGGGGGCAAAAAUGAAUGCGCCAUGCCGUUCUCUCUAGCAUAUUGGCCAAAUAAGUGGCUGGAGAAGGCUGUGCCGUUGUCCAUCCGUAGUUUUUUAGGUGUGCCAUAUAUAGUGAAGAUGGAUCUCAGUGCCCCAAUGGUGUGUUCGGUGGAGGGUGACCGUACCAUCACUGCUGCCACGAAUCGCGUCAGAUCGCAUGUCGUUACAAGGAUGUGUCUGCCAUCCGGAAUGGGCCCAAAAUAGUCGGCUGACACAGAGUGCCACGGUGACGGCGGUGGGUCACGUUUGAGGGCCGUGUUACCUGGGGCACCCGGAAACCAGAACACAGCCCGCAUUCAGCGUUUUGUGGCGGAUAUACCUAGAUGUGCGGCUCCGUGGGCCAAUUCCAGGGUCCUCUGGCGUAAAUCAAGAGGCAGCACUAUUUGGGAACCCCGGAACAUGGUUCCUCCUUUUGCCACUGAAAGUUCGUCCAUGACGUGACGAUAUUUACGAGUGAUUUCAGGUAGUGAGUCCAUCUUCCCGGUUUGGACAUAUUUGGCCAGGGCGGAUAUCUCUGGACAGGACUUGGCCGAGGAUGCAAUGUUCUUGGGUCCUAUGAUUGACGUGAUGCCGCUGUUUUGGAUGUGGUACAAUAAACGCUCCACUUUUCCCGUCUCGUUUCUGAUAUUGUGUGGGAGCUUUGUCCAUGGAACUGGGCUUCCAGAGCAGAAGUUGGCCGGGUUGUUUGUUUCUUUGAGGUGAUGGAUACUGUACGGGAUGUCCUGGUGCCUGAGUUUGAUGCGCUCGAUUCUGACCGAUCCUUGUCUGGAGUUUUGUAAGAUGGCAAUGAGGGGUUUGUGGUCUGAGUGAACCCUGACCUUGGGGUUCCCUAUGAGGUAUUGACGGAAUCUCCUCAGACCAAAGUCUAUUGCAAUUGCUUCCAGGUAGAGUUGGGGGUACCGCUUCUCUGUGUUUGACGUUGCUCGGGAUACUACGGCUACGGCUUGGCCCGUAACUGGUCCUUCGCCUUGUACCAGAAUAGCGCAAAGGCCGUCGAUGUGCGACCUUGCUAUCCGAGACACAUCAUGUGUGACAAUUAGGGCCUCGGCUCUUCAAAACAAAUGGACAAAAGAAGAGCUACCAAUCAGGGCACGAGAGGUCGAGAUAUCAACGGCAGCCACGGCGGCCAGCCGGAAGAUCCCAACAUUAAAUUGAAUUGACUUAGACGAAGACCCCCCCAGCAGGCUGGAACAAAUCAACAGGAUUGGGGGACCAUAUUCCAAAUCCGCCCGCCGUAUGAGAGAAUCCUGCAGUCAACCAGGACAAUCGGGUGGAUCAUGCGCAUACUGCGGCAGGUCCCAGGACCAUGAGCGCUUUUGGUGUCCAGCAUCCCGGGCUCCCUGUAAUAAGUGUGGCAUGCUCGGACAUUUUGCCGUGGUAUGUUGAUCAGCAAACCCACGAGAAGCUCGGCUGCAACGGCUGUCCAGAUCAGAAAACCACAGGGACCAGGCUCAGCCCAACGAAUCCACAAUGUAAGAGAUCGCAUAUUACAAUGUCUUCAAGAUCGGCCAAGACAACCCAAACCGCUGUCCCAUUGCCGCAUCAAUCACCAUCGGUUCGUCGAAAAUAAGUGCUAUCAUUGAUACAGGGGCCCAAGCAAAUGUGUGCCCUCUUCGGGCCAUGACCAACAACGACAAGAAGAGCAUCAAACCAUGCACUGUGUUAAUUCGACCCUUUGGAAGCACGGUUAUCCGACCAGUAGGCACAACCACUCUCAAAACAUCAUGGUAUGGAAGCAUCGUGAAAGCAGAGUGGCUUGUAGUUGAUGAUUCCAAACUGAACAGACACAUCGACCCCAUUAUAUCGAAAUCUCUUGCCAUAGCCUUGAAAAUGAUAACGCUGGACUCCAGACUACUUCCCUAUGCUAAAGAUUCCAAUACCAAACAUGAAAAUAAACGAGACAGUGCUUUGUACGCCUCAGAACUGCCAUUAGUAGGAAAUCCCGCCGACAUGGGAGAAACCAACCAAAAUCAAAAAUGGAUCGGCAACAACUGCUUCAGGGAGUGUUUCCACGGUUUGGGGCUUUUGCGCAAACACAUAGUACAACUCUUUCUGAAACACAACGCCAAACCGUUCAUAUCUCCACCAAGACCCCAUCCAUACUACCUUCAACCUCAGAUCAACGAAGCCAUAGCACAAAUGCUACAAGACGACGUCAUUGAAGAUCAUGACGGCCCGGCGGAAUGGAUCUCGAACCUGGCCAUAGUACUCAAAGAUAGAGGCGCCAUUCGGAUUUCGGUAGAUCUCAGGGGGUUGAACGCUGAACUCAGAGACACACAAAUCCCAAUCCUCACCCCUGACACAAUCAAACUAAAACUGGCGAACUGCAAGGUUUUUUCGAAACUAGACUUCAAACAAGCCUUCCACCAACUCGAAUUGGCCAAUGAGUCUCGACCGCUUACAGUCUUCCGUUGUGGAGCCCGACUAUACCGGUACAAGAGAUUGUCCAUGGGAUUAAAGCCGGAGAGUUGUCGGCAGCAUGCACAAAAACUUGAGGGAUUCACAAUUUUGACACACCACCGGCCAUUACUUGAGGGUUUCAAGCGCCCUCUUGCAACUAUCAAUAACUCUCGUCUUCCACAGCUAUGACAGAACCUUGCCCAAUAUGAUUUUACAGUUGCCUGGACACCUGGAAAGCGCCACCUAAUUGCUGACGCCCUCAAUCGUUACCCUGUCUUCGGCCCGACCAAUAUGGACAAAGAGCUGCCUCUCUGCGCCACAAUCUCAAUUGACUACCCGUCCCUCCACGUCAUUGAAAACCGUAUUGACGACGAGUACUGUUCCCUUGUCGAAAUUGUUUGGUCUGGGUCCGAAGUACCCCUGGAACUCUCUGUGUAUUCAGGCCUGAUCGGCGAACUGCUGGUGGAGGGUGGUCUCCUUCUUGCAGGGGAGCGAUUAUUUGUCCCUCGCCCGGCUCGUCCACUCAUCAUCGACCUCCUCCACGCGUCCCACUCCGGCCUCAACUGGACUAUUGAAAUGGCCUCUCAACUAUAUGUAUGGCCAACCAUCAGAAAUGAUAUUAAAAAAACAAGGUUGCAUCAUGGGCUGAGUGUGUAGUGGCAUUACCGUCCCGAGAGGUGGAGCCCAUAUUACCAGAGACGGCAUCAUGGCCAAUGGAAUCGGUCUCAGUUGACCUCUUUGACCUCAAGGGGAGGACUUUCCUCAUAAUGGUCGACCGGCACUCAGGCUACCCAUUAGUGAAGCCACUUACCUCCACCACCACUGAAGUGGUCUGGAGGGUCCUCUAUGGCUGGUUCUGUUUGUUUGGCAUCCCAACCAAACUUAAGUUGGACAAUGGCCCCCAGUUUUGUGGCCCAUUUGCUGCUCUCUGUAGGGACCAUGGCAUCCUGCACACAACAUCCUCUCCAUACAAUCCUGCAAGUAAGGGUCUAGCAGAGUCUGGUGUGAAUGCCACUAAACUACUACAGGGUGACAACAAUGACUUAGGGCACUUUGAA